AUGUUACAUCUUCAGCAAUAUAAUAGUAGUGACGAAAGCAAUGAUUCGGAUUCUGUAGCACAUUUCAAACCGAUUAGUCCUGAAAAUUCAAUCGCCUUCCUUACAAAAAAUUUAUGUCCUGCACCUCCAGCCGUUUCGUCGAAUACUACUGAAAAGUUGAUGCCUAUUUCAAAAUUUUCCAAGGAAGUGUUAUACAAUCCUAAAUAUGAAGAGUUGUUUGCACCGGAUGUAGGACCAGAAAACCCUUUUAAAACACAGCAGCAAAAAGCUCAUAAAAAUAUUUUAUCUGGUUAUGUGGAAAAAGCUCACCUUAACGAAUUUCAAUUUGAAAAUCAAAGAAGAACAUUUCAUAGUUAUGGUUUUGCAAUUGAUCCAUCAAUAUCAAGUUCUCAACAAGACGAUAAUGUUAUUUUAAGUGAAAAUUCAUAUGGAUGUGAUCUCAACAAAACUGUUUUUGAAUCCAAAAAAGAAAAAUCUUAUGAAAAAAGAAAAAGAUUUAAAAAUGACAAUCCAGAAGAUAUAGAUGGUUUUUUGGGACCUUGGGGAAGUUAUGUGAAUGAAAAAAAAAGUAUUAAACCUACUGAAGAAGAAGCUCAAGCACUAGGAGAAAUAUUAGCCAAGAGACAUAAAAGAGGGAAAUUUGUUGAUGAGAAACCUAUAGAAGAAAAAACAGUUUUACACAUUAAGGAUAGUAUUGAUUACAUGGGAAGAAAUUUUCUACACAUACCUCAAGAUGUUGGAGUAAAUUUAAAAUCAGAUUCUCCUCCUGAAAAAUGUUUCUUACCUAAAGCUCACAUUCACACAUGGCAAGGUCAUACAAAAGGUGUUGCUACAAUCAAAUGGUUUCCUAAAUCUGCACAUUUGCUACUAUCUGCAGGAAUGGAUUGCAGAAUUUGGGAAGUUUACAAAGAACGAAGAUGUAUUCGAACUUAUUACGGUCAUAGCCAGGCUGUUAGAGAUGUGAGUUUUAAUAAUAACGGAAAUCAAUUUCUAUCCGCCGCUUAUGAUCGUUUCAUAAAACUUUGGGAUACCGAAACAGGGGAAUGUAUAUCUAGGUUCACCAGUAAAAAAAUACCUUAUUGUUGUAAAUUUAAUCCCGACGAUGAUAAACAACAUUUGUUUGUAGCCGGGACAUCUGACAAAAAAAUUGUUUGCUGGGAUACACGUUCGGGAGAAGUGGUUCAAGAAUACGAUAGACAUUUAGGAGCAGUUAAUUCAAUCACAUUUGUGGAUGACAAUCGGAGAUUUGUGACAACAUCCGACGAUAAAAGUUUAAGAGUUUGGGAAUGGGAUAUUCCAGUUGAUAUGAAAUACAUUGCUGAUCCUACUAUGCAUUCCAUGCCUGCAGUCACUCUCUCUCCAAAUCAAAAAUGGUUAGCUUGUCAAAGUAUGGAUAAUAAAAUCGUUAUAUUUUCUGCCAUCAAUAGAUUUAAAAUGAAUAGGAAAAAAACUUUUUCCGGUCACAUGGUUGCUGGAUAUGCCUGUUCUUUGGAUUUUUCCCCAGACAUGAGUUACCUUACGUCUGGCGAUGCUGAUGGAAAGUGCUAUGUAUGGGAUUGGAAAACAACAAAGCUUUUCAAAAAAUGGAAAGCUCACAAUGGGGUAUGCAUAAGUAGUCUUUGGCACCCUCACGAGCCGAGCAAAGUUGUAACUGCCGGUUGGGAUGGACUAAUUAAAUACUGGGAUUAA